AUGCCGAAGAGCGCUGCGGCCACCUCCGUAAGGAAUACCUGUCCUGCUGGCGCGGUCGGCAAGGUGCUGGCCGAGCAACCAGAGGACCCGUGCACUGCCGUCGCGGUCGAGCUCAUGCGUGGGACCGGCCUCGGGGAGAGAGCGGCCGCUCUCUCGGCCGUGCGAGCAGAGCAAGAGGACGGCCUCGAGAAGCUCAUCGGGCCGCCGCUGAUGGAGGACGCCUCGCUCCUCAAGGCCAUGGAGACGGAGCAUUGCAAAGAGAAGGAUGCGGACGUGCCGUUCGCCACCUCCAACGGCAUCGAGGGCGCAACCUCCCACCGCGAGUGGGAGUUUGUCGUUGCGCCCGUGGUUGAGGACCAGGACAGCCGCUACGCCGAGCGCGGCGGCGACUUCCGCACGGCUCACCGCGAGUGGCUCACGUUGGAGGAGCUCGUCGCCGGCCGGCUGUACACGGGGCCGAUGUACGAGAAGUACAACGGCGUCCUUCGCUUCUUCUCAGCGCGUGGCGCUGACGGCGCGGUGCGGCUGGAGUACGCCUCGGAGACGGAGGUGCCCUUUCUGCAAAAGAAGUGCGGCUGGCUUUGCCUCGGCGAGUGGGCUGCGACGGCGGCAGCUGCUCCAGCGCCCCCUGCUCCGGCGGCAUGUGCCUGCACGGUCUGCGCUGCGGCCCCUGGCUGGCCGCGCCAGCGCAAGCCCUGA